GCGCGCCGCAGCCGAAGCCUCAGACGCGCGGGCGCGAGGGACCGCGCAGUGGCCGCCAGACUGGGGCAGCAGGAGGCGAAGCUUCGGGAAACACGCAAGACAGCUGCGCAUCGGGGUCCCGGGCAGCAGCGGAGCGGCAGGCGCUGCGCGAGAACGGAUUCUUGUGAGAGUGGUCCUUGACCAGUAUCUCUGUUUGCUGAAGGCUUUGACCAGGCCGCUCUCAGCUACUGACAUCAUCCUGAGAAGAAGAGGGUUCCAGAAACUAGGGAAACAUCGGGAUGUUCCUGGACCAGUGAACCUUCUGAAGAGCAAUGCUAACAUGACCUUUGGUUUAAAGAAUUAAAAGGAAGAACCACUUCUUCAGAUAAGAAGGUCUUCUGCAAGGUUCCAGCCUUGAGUUCCUGCUUUGGUUUUCCUUGAUGACGGACUGUGAUGUAGACAUUUCCCUGCAUGAAAAAUUACUUCAGCAUUGCACACAAAUCUGUGAAAGGAGAAAAGGAAAUACUGUGUGUGGGUCUCAGCAGGAGUAAAGCUAAUGCAGCUUAAAAUAAUGCCAGCAAAGAAGCACUUAUCUGCAGGCAGCGUGCCCCUGAUUCUCUUCCUAUGCCAGAUGAUCAGAGCUCUGGAAGUACCUCUUGAUCCAAAACUUCUUGAAGACUUGGUACAGCCACCAACCAUCACUCAGCAGUCUCCAAAGGACUAUAUUAUUGACCCUCGAGAGAAUAUUGUAAUCCAGUGUGAGGCCAAAGGCAAACCUCCUCCAAGCUUUUCCUGGACACGUAAUGGAACUCAUUUUGACAUAGAUAAAGACCCUCUGGUCACCAUGAAGCCUGGCUCGGGAACACUCAUAAUCAACAUCAUGAGUGAAGGGAAAGCAGAGACCUACGAAGGAGUCUAUCAGUGUACAGCCAGGAAUGAGCGUGGAGCUGCAAUUUCUAAUAACAUUGUUGUCCGCCCAUCUAGGUCACCAUUGUGGACCAAAGAAAAACUUGAACCAAUAACACUUCGAAAUGGUCAGUCACUGGUACUUCCCUGUAGACCCCCAGUUGGAUUACCACCAGCUAUAAUAUUUUGGAUGGAUAAUUCCUUUCAAAGACUUCCACAGAGUGAGAGAGUUUCACAAGGUCUGAAUGGAGACCUUUAUUUCUCCAAUGUCCUCCCAGAGGACACCCGCGAAGACUAUAUUUGUUAUGCCAGGUUUAAUCACACUCAAACCAUACAACAGAAGCAACCUAUUUCUCUGAAGGUGAUUUCAGUGGAUGAAUUGAAUGACACUAUAGCUGCUAAUUUGAGUGACACUGAGUUUUAUGGUGCUAAAUCAAGUAAAGAGAGGCCACCAACAUUCCUGACUCCAGAAGGCAACGCAAGCCACAAAGAGGAAUUAAGAGGAAAUGUGCUUUCACUAGAGUGUAUUGCAGAGGGCUUACCUACUCCAAUUAUUUACUGGAUAAAAGAAGAUGGAACACUUCCCAUCAACCGGACAUUUUAUCGGAACUUUAAGAAAACGUUACAGAUCAUUCAUGUUUCAGAAGAAGACUCUGGAAAUUAUCAGUGCAUAGCAAAAAAUGCAUUAGGAGCCAUCCAUCAUACCAUUUCUGUUACCAUUAAAGCGGCUCCAUUCUGGAUCAUGGCACCUCAAAAUCUGGUGCUAUCGCCAGGAGAGGAUGGGACCCUCAUCUGCAGAGCUAAUGGCAAUCCCAAACCCAGAAUUGACUGGUUAACAAAUGGAGUCCCAAUAGAAAUUGCUUCUGAUGACCCCAGCAGAAAGAUAGAUGGAGACACCAUUAUUUUUUCAAAUGUUCAAGAAAGAUCAAGUGCAGUUUAUCAGUGCAAUGCUUCUAAUGAAUAUGGAUACUUACUAGCAAAUGCAUUCGUAAAUGUACUCGCGGAACCACCUCGAAUUCUCACAUCUGCAAACACGCUGUACCAGGUCAUUGCAAACAGACCUGCUUUGUUAGACUGUGCCUUCUUCGGGUCUCCUCUGCCCACCAUUGAGUGGUUUAAAGGAACUAAAGGAAGUGCUCUUCAUGAAGACAUUUAUGUUUUACAUGAAAAUGGAACUUUGGAAAUUCCUGUAGCCCAGAAGGAUAGUACAGGAACUUACACAUGUGUUGCAAGGAAUAAAUUAGGAAUGGCAAAGAACGAAGUUCACUUAGAAAUCAAAGAUCCAACCAGGAUCAUUAAACAGCCUGAAAAUGCAGUUGUGCAGAGAGGAAGCCAGGUGUCCUUUGAGUGCAAGGUAAAACACGAUCACAGCUUAAUCCCCAGUGUCCUGUGGCUGAAGGACGACGGUGAGCUGCCCAGUGACGAAAGGUUCUCUGUUGACAAGGAUCAUCUGGUGGUGACUGAUGUAAACGAUGAUGAUGGUGGGACCUACACAUGUGUGGCUAACACAACUCUGGACAGUGUUUCUGCCAGUGCUGAGCUCAAGGUUGUUGCUCCUCCUCCAACUCCAGCUCCCGUUUACGAUGUUCCGAAUCCUCCCUUUGAUUUGGAAUUAACCAAUCAACUUGACAAAAGUGUUCAGCUGACAUGGACUCCAGGCGAUGACAACAAUAGCCCCAUUACAACAUUCAUCAUUGAAUAUGAAGAUGCAAUGCACGAGGCAGGGCUGUGGCACCACCAAGCUGAAGUUUCUGGAACGCAGACCACAGCCCAGCUGAAGCUGUCUCCUUAUGUAAACUACUCCUUCCGGGUCAUGGCAGAAAACAGCAUCGGGAGGAGCUCACCCAGUGAGGCGUCUGAGCAGUAUCUGACGAAAGCUGCAGAACCAGAUCAGAACCCCAUGGCUGUGGAAGGACUAGGAACAGAACCCGACAAUUUGGUGAUUACAUGGAAGCCCUUGAAUGGUUUUGAAUCGAAUGGGCCUGGCCUUCAGUACAAAGUGAGCUGGCGCCAGAAAGAUGGUGAUGAUGAAUGGACAUCUGUGGUUGUGGCCAAUGUAUCCAAAUACAUCGUCUCUGGCACGCCAACCUUUGUUCCAUACCUAAUAAAAGUUCAGGCCCUGAAUGAUGUGGGUUUUGCCCCAGAGCCAGCUGUAGCCAUGGGACAUUCUGGAGAAGACCUUCCAAUGGUGGCUCCAGGAAAUGUACGUGUGAGUGUGGUAAACAGUACCUUGGCCGAGGUGCACUGGGACCCAGUACCUCUAAAGAGUAUCCGGGGACACCUACAAGGCUACCGGAUUUACUAUUGGAAGGCUCAAAGUUCAUCUAAAAGAAGCAGACGCCACAUUGAGAAGAAGAUCCUUACUUUCCAGGGCACCAAGACUCACGGCAUGCUGCCAGGGCUGGAGCCCUACAGCCACUACUCUCUCAAUGUGCGAGUGGUUAAUGGGAAAGGGGAGGGCCCGGCCAGCCCCGACAGAGGCUUCCACACUCCAGAGGGAGUCCCCAGUGCUCCCUCAUCUUUGAAAAUUACUAACCCCACACUGGACUCUCUCACUUUGGAAUGGAAUCCGCCAAGCCACCCAAAUGGCAUUUUGACAGAGUACACCUUAAAAUAUCAGCCAAUUAACAGCACACAUGAACUAGGCCCUCUGGUCGAUUUAAAAAUUCCUGCCAACAAGACACGCUGGAUUUUAAAAAAUUUAAAUUUCAGCACUCGGUACAAGUUUUAUUUCUAUGCACAAACAUCGGCUGGAUCAGGAAGUCAGAUUACAGAGGAAGCAAUAACCACAGUGGACGAAGGUAAGACGGCUGGUAUUCCACCUGAUGUAGGUGCAGGCAAAGUUCAAGCAGUAAAUACCAAGAUCAGCAAUCUUGCUGCUGCAGCUGCUGAGACGUAUGCCAAUAUCAGUUGGGAAUAUGAGGGACCAGAGCAUGUGAAGUUUUAUGUUGAAUAUGGUGUAGCAGGCAGCAAAGAAGAAUGGAGGAAAGAAAUUGUAAAUGGUUCUCGGAGCUUCUUUGGGUUAAAGGGUCUAAUGCCAGGAACAGCAUACAAAGUUCGAGUUGGUGCUGAGGGGGACUCUGGUUUUGUGAGUUCAGAGGAUGUUUUUGAGACAGGCCCAGCAAUGGCAAGCCGGCAAGUGGAUAUUGCGACCCAGGGCUGGUUCAUAGGUCUCAUGUGUGCUGUCGCUCUCCUUAUCUUAAUUCUGCUGAUCGUUUGCUUCAUUAGAAGAAACAAGGGUGGUAAAUAUCCAGUUAAAGAGAAGGAAGAUGCUCAUGCAGAUCCCGAGAUCCAGCCCAUGAAGGAGGACGAUGGAACUUUUGGAGAAUACAGCAGCGAUGCAGAAGACCACAAACCUUUGAAAAAAGGAAGCCGCACACCUUCAGACAGGACUGUGAAAAAAGAAGAUAGUGACGAUAGCCUGGUGGACUAUGGCGAAGGGGUGAAUGGCCAGUUCAAUGAGGACGGCUCCUUUAUUGGACAAUACAGUGGUAAGAAGGAGAAAGAACCAGCUGAGGGAAACGAGAGCUCAGAGGCACCUUCUCCUGUCAACGCCAUGAAUUCCUUUGUUUAGUUUUUAAAGCUCUUUGCCAAUGUCCCAUUUCUCUGGAAUAUCUUUCCCGAGGACUUGCUGGUCAGCCUUCUCAUAUUAUGAACAUAUGGGUGGAAAGGAUGUUUUCUGCUAUAUGUUAAUAUUAUGAGAAUGGAGCAAAACCUAAUUCAGUCAAAUGAUAUGUUCAUGCGAACUGGAAUGGAAAGUGCAUACUUUUUUUGUUCAAAGCAGGUUUUCUCAAUUUCCUCAGAACUGAUUAAAAACAAUGCAACAUCAUCAACAGAUCAUGUUAUUUCCUCUGCAGGAUACAGCUCAAUAAGAUGCAUGGAAACAUUACACAGAGGACACACCUGUGUAUGUUACUAAAGCGUGCUUGGAGAUUUUGUCUAUAUUAUCCUCAGCUGAACCCUUAAAUAUGAAUUCCGUUUUCAUUGUCAAGAGUGUUACUGUAGUAUUCUCUAGAACUUCAAUGUCUUUGUGGACAUUGUUGUGAAUUUGGUGACUAUGUCUAGCUGUUGUUAGUCUUUUUGGGAGACUGUUAGGAAGAGUAUGUACAGUAUAUACUUGCUAAAUGAGUUCAUUUUGACAGUUGCAUCUGCUAAUGCUUACUGACACCCUCUUAGCUGCUCUUCACUCCUGUUACUCAUGGGCUUCCUAAUCUUCCAGGUGUUACAGCAGCACAGCAUUCUACUUUCUAUGCUCUCUCUGUGUUCAGUUGCUUUUAAGCAUAAACAGUGUGUAGUGUGAUGCAUUCUGGCAUUGGUGCCAUACCAAAAGAAUUUAAAACAAAGCACUCAAGUUGAAUUUCAAAUUUUAUUCCAGUAAAUACAGGGCAAGACACAUGUAGUGCCUUCAGACAAUAAGCAUUCCCUAAUGGUUAUAUUCUGUAUCACCAGUAUGGACAACUCCAGCUUGUGUUACUGUCAUUGUUGGAAAGUAACUUUUAAAAGGCAGAGGUGAUGAGAGCUGAGAUGCUGAAAAAGUUGUGAAAAUUUAAAGUAUAUGUUUAUUUUAAGGGGCCUUUCCCCAUAAAUACAAAAAGCAAAUAUUGCCAAUGGCUGGAGUACAUGAUAAUUCUAUAGUCCUUUGUAGUUUCUAUCCAAAUAAGACACAUUCAAUAAGAAAACCAUCAACAUGGUAUGAAAUGGAUAGAAAAACGAGUUAUUGCAAAACUAAAAGCAUACAACAGCAUGCGAACAUUUAUACAUUAUCCACUAAGAUUUUACCAGAAUGAGCUUUCAAAACUCCCUGCAGCCUUCAGCAAUGUGUAUGCAAAUUGCAAUAGGUAUACUUCAGCAUCUGAGAAGUCCCACAAGUGCUUAAUCAGCCAAUGGUCAACGGGAUUACAUCUGCAGUUUAAAAAAUAGAUAUAUGGAGCCCAUCAUGGUCAUAAACAAUACCUAUCAAACAACUUCCAACAUGAAAAUCUACAACAUACGGUUGAAGGAAUGCUCAGUUUCAUUUGCCAAUAAAUUGGUUUCUCAUAACUUGCAUCAAGUUUAAUUUUAAGUAAAGCUUUUUAUAUGUAGAUAUUCUGUUGAAUUUGUAAAUAUACUUAAAGUGUAGAAGCUCUAUGCUUAUAGGUGUUACGUACAAAUAAACAUGCAAGCAGUGUUUAUGCUG